AUGUUGUUUCAACUCUUCGUCGCAAGUGCCGUCUUAGUAUUGAGUGGCGUAAAGGCGGCACCCCUCAGCUCUGAGGCUCCGGACCGUGGUAUUGCUACUACUCUAGAUCCUCAGGAUCCAGAUUGCGAGCCAGGGGAGCUGUCGAAUACCACUUGGGUUGAGAGAGACGUUGAUGCGUUUCUGGCAAACGCAUCACAGCACUACACGGAGUAUCCCUACGACAAUGUUCAAGCGUUGGGGGCCUACCUUGGUGCCCCGAACUUCUUUUGCGGCGUGAACACAUGGUGUAAUGCUGGCCAGCCAUGCUCUCCAGUAACCCUUCCCGGCUGGUAUGCCUUGAUGGGCGUUCAGGGAUGGAAUAAUUACGUCAACAACUUGAAUCUCGCUUUAACGUAUACGGCCACGAUUCUUAGUUUCAAGCUCGGCAAGCUUGUUAACGACCUUUGGCCGGCACAAAAGGACAACGUUACAGGCUGGAGGAUAUUCAUUGCAUGGGUCAAUGGCAUUAUCAAUGCGUUUCCAACAACCGCAGUAUACGGCGCCACUGUAGGCGCCUGGGCUAGUGCUGUUCAGGGUGGCGGCAUCAUCACAGGUGGCAUGCUGGUACCACCGUCGGGGGGCGAUCAGUUCAUCAGGUGGAGCGACCUGGCCAACCAGAUGGGCUCCCAAAUCGACGAGUACAAGAAAGCGGUCGGGGCGUAUGCGAAAACAGUGAUUGACGCCCCUAUCGCCGACCCGAAGUGGGGGAUCAACAAAGUCUUGAGCGGCGGUGUGUUCCUCACCCGCGACAAGAACAUCACUCAGGACGACGUCGACAACUGGAUGUAUAAAUCCAUCAGCACCAACGCUAUGGGACUGCUCAUGCAGGCCCAGAACGUGUACAUAAUCAGGACCUUCAACAAGACCGAGUGCGACCCCACGCCGGAUGCCAUCUUUUGCGAGAUUCAGCCCAACAACAAGUGGACUGAGCGCCGUUUCCAGAGGCGGAAAAGCAAGAAGCCGGAGAACAAGCUGGCGAAGAAGCUGAUCGAGACGUACGGCCUGACCAAGGAGCAGGUAUUGAAGGGCCCAACGGACUGUUUCGACGCGAGCGACUAUGAGCAGCUGAUAAACCCCUGGGAAACAUUGACGGAAAAGGGCGCCAGUCUGGAGCCGAUUCAACUGUGCAACUUCAAUGUUAACGUCUGCAACUUUGAUGAGGCCGAGGACUAUGGUUACGCUUAUAACUCUGAUCACACCGACGGCUGGUGCGAAGCGCAAGGAAUUGAUUGGGUUUAG